AUGGGGUGGAGUGCGGGUGCGUGGGGAGCAGGCGGCUUCCAGGCCGGCCUUGAACUACGUGAACCUGGGCGCGUUGGAAACGCCGGGUUCCGCUACCCGGAGGUGCCCCGCGGCGAGAUUCACGCGGAACCCGGGGGGCUAGAGCCCGGGCACCUCGCCAUCGCGGCGAAAUUGCUUUCCUUUCUCCGCGCCCCAGGGUGGCGCCCGGGCCGAUCGCCAGCAAAGUCGGGCGGGUGGGCGGACCUCCUCGCCGCCCGCGAUCGGUGCCGCCAGGAUCGCGCUCUCGGGAUGUGCGGAGAGCGGCGCGGGGCGCCAUCGGAGCGAGCGGGCGCCGGAGCCCGGCAGCCCAUGGAGGGCAGGGGCCGUUCCCGAGUGGCGCGGCGCCGGAGCGCUUCCAAGCGGAUCUCGCGGAAGGUGGAUCCCCGAGGGGAUCGGGGCGAUGGAAAGAGUGCUGAAGAGCUGGGGUCGCGGGGAGCCGCCGGACACUUCCCGCGCUCCCGCCGCCUGGCCGGACGCGUCCCGGGCCCCCCCGGGGCCCACCUAGCCGGGCUCAAGGUCCCCAAGAAACUGCUCCUGAUUCUCCUCCUGCUCGUCUUGCUGGACUCAGCUGAGUUGGCCCCAAUCAACCAUCCGGACAGACUUCACAGUCAAGCAGCUGCCCCACAGCAACUGUCUUUGAGGGGAAAGUGUGAUCCAGGUUUCCAUCUGUCAGCAUCGACUGGCCAGUGUGAGCCAUGCAAGCCCGGAGUGGAGUACACCAAUGUGACAAACAACUUCUCCUCCUGUCUUCUCUGCCACAGUUGUGAUUCUGAUCAAGUGGAGAUACAUCCGUGCACCCCCACCAGAGACAGGGAGUGUGCGUGCAACCGUGGGACUUAUCGUGACGAAGAUUACACAGAGAUGUGUGAAGAGGGCAGCCCUAGAAAAACAGGUACCAAGGCCACAGAGAAAGCCAGAGUUUCUGAAGAGCCAGUGCUCACUGGCCUGUGGAGUCCCACCACUGCGAGUCCUCCUCCCUCAGGCACUGGACCCUGUGAGAUCGUGGGGAUCAUUGGGAUCGUUUCUGGACCAGUUCUGGUUCUGGCACUUAUCUAUUGGUGCAGGCGUCAAGGUCUCGGCGUGGUCUCCAGGGUCGUGAACAGAGCCCGGCUCUGGUGGCUGUGCCACAGAAGAGGGCCCGGAGCUGGUGACAAUGCCCACAAUGAGUCCCUGAACAGCUAUCUGUCACCCAUGCUCAACUCUGAGCUGGGAAUGGAAGGCCAGCAGCAGGCUGGAGUUGCAGGUGCCCUUGAACAGAUCCCCGUGGAAGGAGAGCCUCUCCGGGAACCCUCACACGCCGAAGGGUCUCCGAUGGGAAGAAUGCUCCUGGUUCCCGCGGAUGACGCAGACCCCACUGAAACUUUGCACUAAUCCUUUGAUGACAUCAUAGGCCUAGUGCCCUUUGAUUCCUGGAACAAAAUCAUGCGGAAAUUGAGCCUCACAGAAAUGAGAUCCAGCUGGCCAGACGCGGUGCAGACUGCACACCACACCAAUUGCUAUGCAAAUGGCUCGGCAAAUUGGGGAGAAAAGCCUCCAUCA